AUCAACUGGCCGUAUUUCCCCAGAGGAAACCCAGUCACUAUGACGUGGUGGUUGGUGUGUUAUCAGCACGCAAUAACCAUGAACUUCGAAACGUGAUCAGAAGCACUUGGCUGAAGCAUUCGGUACAGCACCCGGCGUUAAGUCAGCGCGUGCUCGUCAAGUUCAUCAUAGGUGCCCGCGGCUGUGAAGUGCCCGUGGAGGACAGGGAGGACCCUUACUCCUGCAGGCUGCUCGACAUCACGGACCCAGCUCUGAACCAGGAAGUCGAGGCGUUCGGGUUUCCUGACGACACUUCAUCCGGGCUAUCUGAGGACCGAGUCGUCAGCGUGAGCUUCCGCGUUCUGUACCCGAUUGUCAUCACCAGCCUCGGCGUGCUCCACGAUGCCAGCGGCGCGGGGUUCCAGAGGAACGUCACUGUCAGGCUGUACCAGGCAGAGCAGGAGGAGGCCCUCUUCACUGCCCGCUUCAGCCCUCCGAGCUGCGGUGUGCAGGUGAGCAAGCUGUGGUACAAGCCUGUGGAGCAGUUUGUCCUGCCAGAGAGCUUCGAAGGUACAAUUGUGUGGGAGAGCCAGGACCCCCAUGGCCUCGUGUCCAGAAAUCUCCACAAAGUGACGGUGAACGAUGGAGGCGGAGUUCUCAGAGUUAUCGCAGCCGGGGAAGGUGCAUUGCCACGCGAAUUCAUGGAAGGUGUGGAGGGAGUUGCAGGGGGUUUCAUUUACACCAUUCAGGAAGGUGACGCUCUGUUACGCAGCCUUCACUCCCGCCCGCAGAGACUUGCCCGCCACCUGAGUCUGCUGGAAGGGGAAGACGCCCUCCUGAGGGAGGAGAGCAGCACCCACAAAGACAUCGUUUUCGUGGACGUGGUGGACACUUACCGCAACGUUCCUGCAAAAUUACUGAGCUUCUACAGGUGGACCGUGGAGAGCAUGAGCUUCGACCUGUUGCUGAAGACGGAUGACGACUGUUACGUAGACCUGGAGGCCGUGUUUCACAGGAUUGCUCAGAAGCAUCUGGACGGGCCUAAUUUUUGGUGGGGAAAUUUCAGGUUGAACUGGGCAGUUGACCGAACGGGAAAGUGGCAGGAGCUCGAGUACCCCGGCCCCGCUUACCCAGCCUUCGCAUGUGGCUCAGGGUACGUGAUCUCCAGUGACAUCGUCGAGUGGCUGGCGGGCAACGCGGGGAGACUGAAGACCUACCAGGGUGAAGACGUGAGCAUGGGCAUUUGGAUGGCAGCCAUAGGACCUAGGAAAUACCAGGACAGUCUCUGGCUGUGUGAGAAGACCUGCACGACGGGCAUGCUGUCCUCCCCGCAGCACUCCCCGCUGGAGCUGAGGCGCCUGUGGGAGCUCAAGGCCCGGUGUGGCAACCCCUGCCAUUGUCAGGCCAGCUAGCUGCAGCCACGGCAGCUGUUCACAGGCCAGGGUGGGCAGGGCCAGCUGGAGGGGCCCAGGUCGGCGCUCGCUGACUGGGGCUGUCGGGAGAGGUCCCCCCUAGCACCUGGCCUGUGACCAGCGUGGGGUGGGCAACUGCAGAUCUUUCUACACAUCAGCUUACACUGUAGCAUCACAAGUUCUUAUUUAUAUACUGGAGGUAGAUUUGAAAAUACCAAAUCGUUUUAUAAAAUAUUUCUAAACCGUGA